AUGCUUAGACAACAGUCCAAACAAGAAUACGUUCAAGUGAGGCAGACGACCCCAAACGCAAGUGUGUGGCAGGUGGCGAUGGAGGCCUUAGCGGCAUAUUCAAUCAAUUCAUCUCGCUCAAACCGGUUUUCCCCCUCUUCUCCUCAGGGGAUCAAGUCGCCUGCGGCUGCGGCUGAACCCAUGUACGCCCGCCUCUCCCGUCCCUCUCAACCUUCUUCCCUGCCCCCUUCCGCUGUCCCCUCCCCUUCCCCGCCGCAUGUCAGCCCCGUUGCUGCCUCCAACGGCGGCUCUGGAGCAGGCGAUGACGAUGCUGCAGGCGGCUGGCAGAGGUUAAGGCCUGACUUCUGCUCCCAGUCGACCCAGUCGACCCGGGUUCAAAUCCGCCUGCCGGCUCCUCGGGUGUUUGAGGAGUGAUGAAAUGGGAGGUGGCCCCCCAUCUUAUGGACGGUGUAGGACGUGAUAAUAUCAACUUGCGAGCUGACCAGGAACUAAGUUGAUGCGCCGUUGAUCCGCUAGAUUUGGUUGGAUGCUGGUGGUGAGUUGCCGAACCCAACGAAUACAUUCUGAAGUCGGAUGGGGUGACGGAUUAGGGUGCCCCUCUAGCAGGGGAGAGCAGGGACUGCCCCGGGAAAGGGGGCCGCUGGCGAAGUUGACCACCCUGUAACAACAUACAUACACACACGCA